AUGUUUACUCAAUCAAUACCAGCGCCUGCGCCUGCGCCCUCGCCCUCUUCUCCGGGUCUCCACGCUGUUUCAACAACGACGCCUGCGUCGCCGACCUCGCGAACCAGUCGGCUUCGCGGCCUCAGCUAUCUGCGCAACUACACCCAGAGUCACUUGCUGAACCGCGAACACAGCUCUACAGGUGCUUCGAGCACGGGCAGUGGUAACACCACCGCUGGCACUGGCAACACUGCCAGCCACUUAAAUCAGCCUUCGCCAUCGUCACCGUCGUCUGCAAGCGGUGGUCUCGGGCACUCCGAGACGUACCCGCUCCGUCAGACCCAGUCUGCCGCGGCUGCACCGACCUCGUCCGCCUCUUCGGCUACCGUGAUAGCAUCGGCGGUCGAUCCUGGUCUGUGUCUCGCCCCUGCGGUCUUGCACCCGCUCAGCAUCACAUCGACCAACUCGUCGCAGUCAGUGGCCAGCGACGCCGCUGCACCCCAGCCCGGGUCCCGGGCCCCGGCUGACAACCAACCCGGCGCGUCAACGACUGCAUCUGCUACGGCUCCCACAAGUGCCGCUGUAUCGUCCCUACAGGCUGCCUACCGUUCUGACCUUCAGUCUGCGUCUUCCCCAGCGCCUACGACCACCAACAGCCCCGCUGCCGCCUCGUUGUCUUCUGCCGACGCCAUGGCACCCUCUGUCGCCCCUCAAACGACACCGACUGCUAACGUCAUGACACGGUCACGUUCGGCUACCGAGCCCGGCGCUGCCAACGGCGUUAACAUCGAAAGCCUGCCCUCGAUCCGGUUCUCGACGUUUUACGAUCCCCGUGCUACAAGACCGUCGCUUAAGUUUGCGCCUAUGUCACGCACACUGCCGACGGGCAAGGAGCUGAUUCGCGUCGGGCGUUAUUCGGAGCGUGACAGCCAACCAAACGUCAGCGCCAAUGUGCCCUCGGCUGCACACGUGGGCUUCAAGUCCAAGGUCGUCAGCCGGCGGCACUGCGAGUUUUGGUACGAAAACAACCGCUGGUACAUCAAGGACGUGAAGAGCUCUAGCGGCACAUUCCUGAACCAUAUCCGGCUUAGCCAGCCGGGCACCGAGAGCAAACCCUUUCCCGUCAACGACGGCGAUAUUGUCCAGCUGGGCAUUGACUUCAAAGGCGGUGAAGAGAUGAUCUUCCGCUGCGUUAAGAUGCGCGUGGAAUUGAACCGCGGAUGGCAAAACAAACUAAAUGCCUUCAAUGUCCAAACGCAUAAACGCCUACGGAACAUGACCAAGCCCGAAGGAGACGGCUCGAAACAGUCAUCGCAAGAUUGUUCGAUAUGUUUGAACUCUAUUGCUAGCUUGUUCGUGGCACCAUGCUCACAUACAUGGCACUACAAGUGCAUUCGCGCUCUUCUGGAAUCGCCACAGUAUCCAAGCUUCAUUUGCCCCAACUGCCGUGCCGCUGUCGAUCUUGAGGCCGACGUAGAAGACCCGCCAGAGGAAUGGGAGACGAUGGACAUCGAGGAAGAAGAGAGCGUUGUCACCGGUGCGAACAACGCUCGUUCAAAUGAUGCCUCUGCCCACCAUGUCAAGCCCCGAAUGCCCAGCGAUCAACGGGCUGGUGCGUUGUCCGCCAGCGCCGCGGCUGCUGACAUUGGUGACACGACCAUGCAGGUGGACUCGGUCAUGGAAGAUAUUGACGAGACAACAAGCACCGGACCGGCGGCUCUUGCCCAGCAGCAGCAGCAACAGCAACGGAACGAACGCCAAGAGCUCGAUUCACGGCUACAGCGACAAUUGCUGGUCGAGCAACAGCAACAAGAGGACGAGCCAGAGCCCGUGACAGAGAGCCACGUCUCUCACGCCACAUCUCACCCGGUGCCGAUCCCCUCCGGGAGCCGAUUUCCCUCGACCAGCAGCAUCGCUAACGUGCCGCCGACAGUGUCUGUGAACAGCAACGGAAUUAAUAAUGAACGAACACCCUCUCCUACCGAGCGCCACAUUGCACCGGUAGGCCACGAGGGCCCCAUCACACCUCGGAACGACGCCGGGCCUUGGGUGUUCGAUGGCAGCGGCAUUAGGAUAGGCAGCAGCCGCGCGAGUACCGACAGUCGGCGAGGUGAGAUGCGCAGUCUGGAUACAGCUGCAGCGGAGAUCUCUGGCCAAUUUCGCACCUAG